AUGCGUUCGUCAGCCAUCUUCCUCGUCGGCCUUGCUGCCGUCGCCCACGCUCAGAUCGAUGCAAGCAUCAUUGCCGAAAUUCCUGCCUGCGCAACCACUCCUUUGAUCUCAGGUAUCUCUGGCUCUGGCUGUCAAGUCACAGACUCUGCCUGUAUAUGCGGAAACCAAAAGCUCAUCGCGGACCUACAAACAGCCGUCAAGGCUGAAUGCAGUGAAGCCGAUCUUGCCAAGGCCCUCGAAGUCACCUCAAAAAUCUGCCCCCAAGCCGCUGCAGCCCCAGCAGCAGCCGCAGCGUCCUCCGCAUCCGAAGCUGCCACUUCCGCCGCUUCCAUCGCAUCCUCUGUCUCUGAAGUCGCAGCCACGGCAGGGAUCCUCACCGAUUCUUCUAGCGCUGUGACCACAGCUCCUAGUAUGGGAACUGCCUCUUCCAUGAUCAACUACACAGCCACCACCGGAGAGUACACAGCUCCUGCUACUCCUACUGUUACACCCAGUACAGGUGCUGCAGCGAAGGGUUUCGCACUAGGGGGUAUAGUUGCUGGGAUUGGUGCUUUGGGUAUGUUUUUCGUUGGGUUGUGA